UCUCUAUUAUUUGCUGUGAUACUCUUGGCAAGAACUUGUGUAAUCUCAAUUGUACGUUAAACCCUAAACCUCUCCCCCAAUAUAAACUCUCCCACCCCCUUCCUUGUCUUAAUCAAUCAGACCUCAAUCGCAAUUUCGAUUUCUCAACGCAGUUCAACGAAACCAAUUGUGCAGGAUAGACUGAAAAUGGGCAACUUAUUUUGUUGUGCACAAGUUGGGCAAUCAAAAGUAGCUAUUAAGGAGAAUUUUGGCAGAUUUUCUGAGGUACUUGAGCCAGGAUGCCACUUUGUUCCUUGGAUUCUCGGGAGUAGCAUUGCUGGAUAUCUUACACUGAGGUUGCAACAAUUAGAUGUGAAAUGCGAGACAAAAACUAAGGACAAUGUGUUUGUCAAUGUAGUUGCAUCUAUACAGUACCGUGCCCUAGCUGAUAAGGCAAGUGAUGCUUUCUACAAACUAACCAAUACAAGAUCUCAGAUUCAGGCCUAUGUCUAUGACGUUAUUCGAGCCAGUGUCCCAAAACUCAAUUUGGAUGAUGUCUUUGAGCAAAAGGAUGAAAUAGCAAGAGCAGUGGAGGAUGAACUACAGAAGGCAAUGUCUGCUUAUGGUUAUGAGAUUGUACAAACACUCAUUGUCGAUAUUGAACCAGAUAAGCAUGUCAAACACGCAAUGAAUGAGAUCAAUGCAGCUGCAAGACUGAGGGUGGCUGCCAAUGAGAAAGCAGAGGCCGAAAAAAUCUUACAGAUUAAGAGAGCUGAGGGUGAAGCUGAAUCCAAGUACCUCUCGGGAAUGGGUAUUGCUCGUCAGCGUCAGGCCAUUGUAGAUGGUCUAAGAGACAGUGUGCUUGGCUUUUCGGAAAAUGUUCCUGGGACCAGUGCUAAGGAUGUCAUGGAUAUGGUUUUAGUCACCCAAUAUUUUGACACCAUGAAGGACAUUGGAGCAUCAUCUAAAUCUUCAACAGUCUUCAUUCCGCAUGGACCUGGUGCAGUUCGUGAUGUGGCUUCUCAAAUUCGUGAUGGCCUUCUCCAGGCUCAAAAUAUGCAUCGAUGAUGGCCAGAAAAGUAAAAAAAGUAAAGUGCUAAUUUGUUCAUAUUGCUUGAAUGCUCUUAGUUAAUCAUAGUAGUAUAUGGGAAUGAUAGCUAAAAUUGUUUAUAUGACCUGGCUAUAUGCUCAAGUUUUUUUUUCCCCUUGUUUUUUGUGCUUAAUGAAACUUUUUAUUAAUAAAUAAUCUGGUAAUAACUUCGUUUA